AUGGAGGCCGAACUCGAGGCGUGCUAUGAAAUAGUUUGCAAAAAAUUUGGUAUAAAAAAUUUCACAACGUAUCAGAAAACCGCAUUUAAAGGGAUAGUAUGCCAACAUAAAGAUAUAUUUGUUAACCUUCCAACUGGUGCUGGAAAAUCUUUAAUAUAUCAAGCGUUACCAUCAAUUUUUGAUUCACUUUAUGGUUUUGAACACUUGGUUGUUGUUGUAUCGCCUUUAAUCAGCUUAAUUGCAGAUCAGGUGAAGAAACUGCAAACAUUAGGAAUUACUGCAGUAUCUCUAAGCGAUAUUAAAGACGAAAAGCAGAUAAGGAUGGUUGAAGAAGGUGCAUUCUCUGUGGUUUAUGGCACGCCGGAGUGUUUCCUGAAGAACGAACGAUGGAGAUCUAUGCUUUCAAAUGAAAUCUUCCGUAAAAGAACCUGUGCUGUAGCAGUAGACGAAGCGCAUGUUGUCAAACAAUGGUUUGUUGUCUAUUUAUACUUUGUUGAACCAUAUUGUUAAAAAUAUUGCUUUGUUUAUAAUUUAAUAUUAAGUGAUUACUGUAUUAUAUAUGCAUAUUUUGUGAUGCAUAUUUUGUGAUACUGAUUCAACGAUGUAUAAAAUAAUACUAAUAUACAAUCUAAUAUUAAUAUAAUUAUAACAGUAUAAAAAUGCUUUCUGUGUUGCUUUAAACGUGCCUGAAAAAAUGCAAGGGUCUAUAUGUAAUAAACAAUUUAAUCGCAAUUUAACUUUUUGACAUUUUGUGAUAAUUUUUGCAGGUGUGUAGUUGCUAUCAACCAGGAUUAACUUUUGUUAUUUGUGGACAGCAAGAUUUCCAUUAAUUUUUGUAAACAAAUAUGACUUCAUAAAUUGAAUAAUUAAAAUAUAAUGCCAUUAAUUACUCACCUGCACCAUGUAUAUUUACAUUUGUGAAAUUGUCCCCCACAAAAAUUUCACUCAUUUGCUGUUAUAAAUUGUUCCACAUAUCUUUUAUUUUUAACCUUAAUAGGGGCACAUCUACAAGUACAAAACAUGCUCCAUUUCGAGAAGAAUAUGGUCGAUUACAUGAGAUCCGAUCUUUAAUAGGAACAGAUGUUUCCUUCAUUGCACUUACUGCUACAGCUAUACGAGAUACAAAGAAAUGCAUUAUAGAUUCACUCAAUAUGUUUAAUCCAUUGCACAUAUACCAAAAUCCAAAUAAAGGUAAUGUGACUUAUUCUGUUUCAUAUAUUCAACAGUCAUCAAAAAUUGGUGACACUUUUCAGUGGAUAAUAAACAACAUUGUCCAGAUGCAGAACUCUGCAGAACGAGUCAUCAUUUACUGCCAAACAAUUAAACAAUGUAGUGUCCUUUACUCAACACUUAGAGCUCAUAUUGGUGAUCAUUUUUAUGCCUUGCAAGGUGGUAUUAGUGGUGAUCGUCAUCCUGUUUUAGAAAUGCUUCACUCUUGUACGCCAAUGGCUAACAAGGAUUAUAUAAUCAAUUCCCUUCAAGAUCCUAAUGGCUUAAUCAAAAUAUUGAUUGCAACCAUAGCAUUUGGCAUGGGUAUAGAUUGCAAGGGUGUUCAUAUUUCAAUUCAUUUUGGCCCACCAAAAAACAUUGAAGCUUACUUACAAGAAAGUGGACGGGUUGGGCGAGAUGGCAAGCCUAGCAAGUCUUUUAUACUUUAUCAAGGAACAUUGUUGGGACAUGUAGAGAAGAAUAUUAAGGAAUACCUUAGUGCUAAAGAAUGUAGAAGGAAGAUUUUAAUGGAACACUUUGGGUUUGGAUUAGGGGAUGUUGAUGCCCCCAAAAAUCUACACUUGUGUUGUGAUAACUGUGCACUAAGAUGUGCAUGUGGAGAAAAUGAGUGCAAGUCUUAUUCAGUUAAUAGCAUAGUUGCCUGGGUUUCUUUUGUUUCAACAGGGUCGAUUACUAACUAAUCGCCCGCUGUAGCGGGCGAUUAGUUCUAAUCGCCCGCUGCAGCGGGCGAUUAGUUCUAAUCGCCCGCUGCAGCGGGCGAUUAAUUCUAAUCGCCCGUUACCAAGGGUCACACCUUUGUCUCCCUGACGACUAUGCAUUAGGCAAGUGCCUCACGCACAUAAUCGUGCAAGGAACAGCAACAGUUAGCUCAGAGCCGUCAAUAGUCUAUCAUCCGAUCCCUGAGUUGCCGCAUCAUUUAAAUUACGCACGUGCAGUCUCCAAAUUUAUACUAAUAUAUUUAGCGUGUUUGUUGUGGCACGUUAAAUGAUAGAUUGCGCAUGCGUAACCGAUUAAAGCGUAAAAAGUGCGCAUGUGCAACAAGCUUUUACAUCCCACAAGCAAUGAAGCAAAUGUUUUAGCUUAAAUACGCUGAUUCCAAGUAGGGCAUGUUUGUCCAUUUUUAAAUGGGAGCGCAACUAUGCUAUUACAAACUAACAGCAUGGCUUUUCGGGAGAUUAGUGAUUAAAUGACCCCUUACCCUCGGCAGGUUUGCGGAAUUCCCUCGGGCUUCGCCCUCGGGUUACGGGGCCAUUUAAUCACUAAUCUCCCUCAAGCCAUGCUAUUACUUAUAAUUAUCCUGGUAUUAUAAACCCAGAUUUACCUGUCAAAGUCCCUUAUGAUCCAAACACAUCAAGAGAGCUCACAACUGAACAGCGUCUUGGAAUAAAGAAUGGUUUGGUGAAAUACCAAAAAAAACUACUGAUAAAUACUGCUAGAAAGGUUGCAAAUACUAAAAUGCAUUUGCAUGUUCCCGCAGAGAUGCUAAUUGGUUUUGGUUCUGUGCAAAUUGAUCAAGUUUUGGAAAAAUGUGAUUAUAUUUUCACAAUUGAAGAUGUAUACAAACUUAUUGAAAUAUGGCAUCAUGAUCAUGCCUCCUCUAUCUACAACAUAAUAUGCCAAGUUUGUGGGGACACUCCUGAUGUAACAAGUAAUAGUUUAUCUUGUGAUCUUGACAGUGAGGAUGAAGAUUAUGAAGAACUUAUAAACAAAGAAUGGGCAAAAUUACUUGAAGAUGAUGACUUGCUUACAAUGGCAAUAGAAAAUAUGUCUAUUUCUCAAUUAUUUGGUGACAGUAAUGUUGAAAAUAAUACUGGAUUAUCAGACAGUUAUAAUUGA